CCAGUGGGAUAAUUUCUGGGAAAGGGGGUGUUUUUUGGUUGGCUCGACGUUGUGUUGCUGUGUAAGAAUCUGGGAGGCUGGGGAGAUGUGACCUGGAUUUAGCCUAUCAAGCCCUUGGAAGGGAGAGGGGAGAGGCAGAGCAGAGUGCCGCUUCGUUUCUCUGUAAAGUGAAACCUCCGGCUUGUCUGGGGAAGCUGCAGGAGGACGGUAACCACCGGGGGCUGCCACAGUCAAACAUUCACACACACACACACACACACACACAUAUAUAACACCGACAUCCUGGAGACACUGCAAAACAACACCGACCUUUUUUUUAACCAAAACCCCCCCUCGCACCCCCCCCCCCCCCCCCAGUUGGAUAUGGAUCUCAUUUGAAAGCCCAGAGAGAGGUACCAGUUACCUUUCGCAGAGGUUUGCUUUACUGGAAUGACAUUCUCCUCAAUUCAAGCUGAGAAAGUGGGACCCAGAAAGGAAAGGUGCUCCGGGGGGACUUAUUUCUAUGCUGCACAGUCUUUUUUUGUUAGGUUUUGAAGAACACUUCUUCUGUUAAGUGCUGUAUGAUUCUAUAUGUGCCCAGAACGAAAGGGUCUUUUCAGUUUUGGCAGACAUUGAGUGCAGCACACUGUUCUGUGAGGAAGGUUUGUUUACAGCACCCUUAGAGGCCCCAGGGAAUGUGCUAUGACAUCAGCGGUGGUGGAUAGUGGAGGCCUGGUGUUUGACUUUACCAGUAAUGGAAUGGAGAACCAUCAGCAACAGGAGGCAGAAAGGGGUACAGGCUACCCUGCAGUAAUCGUGGAGCCAAUUCCCAGUGCCAGGCUUGACCAGGGCUAUGCAGCACAAAUAUUGGUCUAUGAUGAUGAAACUUAUUUGAUGCAAGAUGUUGCAGAAGAACAGGAGAUUGAGACAGAUUCAUCAGAAACAGAAUGCUGAGAUCCAUGGGAAUAUUAAGCACAUAGAAAGUUGCAGUCCAGCUAUGAUGGAAGCAUCAGUCAAUAGCAGUCAUGUCCACUGCACAGAUAAGACUAUCGAGGCGGCAGAGGCACUACUCCAUAUGGAUUCUCCAACCAGCCUGAGGGAUGACAAGAACAGUGUCCAGGUAUUUGUGCCACCCUGUGUGUCGACUCCAGAGUUUGUCCAUGCUGCCAUGAGGCCUGAUGUGAUCACUGAGACUGUAGUGGAAGUGUCGACAGAGGAGCCUGAGCCAAUGGACACGUCCCCUGCAUUGCCAAUACUGGAAACUCCUGAACCAACCAAAAAGAAGAAAGCUGGUCGAAAACCAAAGAACCAGCAGUCUGGGUUGCCUAAUAGUACGUCGGAACUGUCUGUGAAAAAGAAGGCUAGAGAAGGGAAGGGGAACACUACGUACCUCUGGGAGUUCCUCCUGGAUUUACUACAAGACAAAAAUACCUGCCCCCGAUACAUCAAAUGGACUCAGCGGGAGAAGGGCAUCUUCAAGCUGGUUGAUUCUAAGGCAGUAUCCAAACUUUGGGGCAAACACAAGAACAAGCCAGACAUGAAUUAUGAGACAAUGGGUAGGGCACUAAGGUAUUAUUACCAAAGAGGGAUCCUGGCCAAGGUGGAAGGACAACGCUUGGUCUACCAAUUCAAAGAGAUGCCCAAAAACCUAGUAAUUAUUGACGAAGACAAAACGGAUCCUACUGGAGGAUCAUAUCCGUCUGAAAUACGGACUGAUGCAAUUGGCAACUUGCCUGGGGUAACUUCUCCAUCUGUAGAAAAUAUCACCUCUCCCGUAUCAUCAAAAACUAUAGCAGCUUCACGAGGAGCUCGGAACUCAGCACAACAGAGUGUGGUGAAGAUGGGAAGGGCUGCAACAGUGAAGGUCUCGUCGUCUGGCCAGGGUGGAGUCCUAUCUCAGGUGCCUACAACUACCCUUCCAGUGGUAACCACAACGGUUCCAAGCAGCAGAACUGUUCGUGUUGCAAUGCAGGUGCCUGUUGUAAUGUCCUCUUCAGGCCAGAAGUUUUCAACGGUGGCUGUUCAGUCAAUGAACCCAGUUUCAACAGUAAUAACCAGCGCAAACACAACCAUCUCUACUCCAAAGGUUCUUAUCCAAACUAUCCCGACAAUGGUGCCUGCUCCAACGGUAGAGAAUGGAGACAAAAUCACUAUGCAGCCGGCAAAAAUCAUCACCAUCCCCGCAACCCAGAUCACCCAGUGUCACUUACAGACAAAGACAGGCUUGGCUACAACCAGUAGUAUUAACAUCGUUGGAGCACAGGCAGCUAUUCGGGCUCUUUCUCCCAUGUCAAUAGCAGGUGGGACACCUGUAAUGAGACUAGCAGUUCCUGCCCAGCAAGCGACCGGCCAGAGCCCUGCUCGAGUUAUUACAGCCGUCAUCAAAGGGGCAGAGGUCAAGCAGGAAGGCGUGGCUACAAAGGUGGGAGCAGAUCUUCAUAAUCUGCCUGUGAUUAAGGAAGAGCGUUCUGUAGAGGGUAGCAAGACUGUGACUCGCUGGGUGGUUGUCAGUGCGCCCUCAGCCAUCGCCCUUCCUUUGACAAUGAAAACAGAGGCAGAAGCCACGGUGACUGGUGAAAAAUAAUAGCGCAGCUGUUAAGAGACAAAAGGUUGUCAAGUGAAACUUUAAAAAAAGUGUUUCCAGCAGGUAUCAAAUUUUUUUUUCCACCUCAUGCUUCACAGUGGGAUUUGAGCCACAUCAUCAAAUGCUGACAAAGAAACUCUUUGAAUAGGAACAAAUGAGAUUUCAAUGAAUUCAUAUGCAAUUAAACGCAUAUUGACCCCAAAAAAGGGACCAUGUGUUUCACUACAUCUUAAGUCUACACUAAGAAUUUUUGGAAACACUAAUAUUUCGAUGACUGGUUUGGAAUGUUUCUCUGAAAAUUGCAUAAGCUUUAAAGCACCAGUGCUAUCAAGAAUUUGUGACCUGCUCCCAACAGACAACUUCAUUAUAAGGUCCUGGCUAUGCAUUGUAGUGAAGGUCUUGAACUGAAAUGUGAUCUGGCCUUUUGCUAUAUUACUGAUGAGACUAUUCAAAAAAAUUACAGCCACUAAUAUUUUGGGCAGAAGACCAUUGGUCCUUCUAACCAAUCCUUCCAAUCUCUCAUCCUCCUCCAGGUACCAUGACCUGAGAGGGUGUUGGUGACCAUGGACUCCCAUUGGAUUGGUCCAUGAUAAUGCUUGGCAAAGUACUGCAGUGGUUUGCCAUUGCCUUCUGCAGGAUAGCUGACCAGGAAAUUCUCCUCUUACUGCCUGCCAUCAGGCGUAUUGGAAGGAUUUCACAGGCUGAUAAUCAACCUUUUUGGCUGCUAUGCACACACCUUCCAUGAAUCUCUCAUCAGGUUUUGUUUUAUAAAUAUAAAACUAAUAACCCCGUAUCUCAUGUACUAACUUGACUUCAUCCAGAUUUUUCAGACCACCUACUCUGUCUACUCUUUUAAACUAAAGCUGCCCAAUUUCCUUGUUUUCCCUUGACAUUUUAUACAGUACCCCCUAGUUCUUAAAUCCUUCUCGGUGCAAGUUUUCCAUAUCUGUGAACAUGCUUAUCAAGUCCUCUUCCUUUCUUUAGUAUGUCUUAAUUUAGGGGUCAGCCUCUUAGCUCUCUUCCUUGAAAUUAUCAAAAUGCUGACAUUUAAAUUUUUAUUUGUAAAAUGGUUCAAGUAUCUGUUGCAGAAUCAUGAUGAAAUUGGAACUGCUGACAGCCCAUCAGCAAAUGACUAGCCAGGAGCCUUGCAAUCUUAAGUUUGUUGAAUUGGUUACUUGCAAGCAAGUUGCUGGUGAUGCUGGCUCUUUAAAACUGGAUGCUGCCUAUUGCAUUUCAAAUGCAUACCAACCUUUGCUUAAAUAACACUGUGUGCACACAGUACUUUUAUUUCUACUGGUGCUAAGUGAAUUCUCUUUUUAAAAAAAACAAACAACUGUAUGGAAUGUGAAGGUUUAAAUUGAAAUAGAAGUUACUGCUUUUAUUUGGAGAGAAGGGUAUGAAGAUGGAUUUCAGGAUUUGUAUAAUUACAGUUAGUGAGCAAUGUUAAAUGACAGCUUGAGUUUUUCCAUUUUUAAGAAAAAAUAAGCUAUGUAAGACCUAGCUUUUUGUUUAAAGCUCUUUUUAAUCUUACACACAAAACACAGUAUUGUUAUGGAGUAACAUGUUAUUUUAUGGUAGUUAGAGCCAGCCAGAUACAUGGUUUGUGGUCAAGUUAAGUGACAGAUCUUCUGUUAUAACCUUUUUUUUAUAUAAUGCCUGUGUCACUUUGCCUUGGUGUAUGUAUAAACAUUUCGCUUUUUUUAAAAAAAUGCCACUUCAAGGUCAUGUUCAGUCUAGCUUUGUGCAAUGAGCUGUUCUUUUUCAGGUAGUUCUCAGCCUGCUGACUUCAGUUAAAGAGGAAGUCUCGCCAUCAGGACCCAACAUUUUUAAAAAGGAAACUGUUACAAGAAUUUAUAAUUAACAUCCUUUUGUUCAAUCCAUUUUUAAAAUCAAUUUCUGUUUACACAGAGAUGAAGAACUAUUUUGCGUUUGGCAGGGGAUAUUAUAGUAUUGGCUAGUUCAAUUACUGAGUCUGACCAUGAAGACAUGGAGGUACCAUAUGUGGUUAAUUGCUGGAGCAUAGUUGGGUUAAUGUUCCACCAAUGCUCUUCAGCGUUGACAUGGUAACUAACGCUCUUGUACCCUGAUACUGCCUUUGGAUUUCAUCAGUACUCACUGUUCAAUGGUAUUCAAACCUGAAACAAAUGGACCAAAACAAGAUGUUAAACCCUUCACAACCACCUGCUUUUUAAAACUGGAUUCUGGUACUGAAACUCCCUCCUUAAUGAUUGAUCAGGGAGAUUACCAGUGUUCUGACUGAAAAUGUUUGUACAGUUUCAACAUUUGAAGUAUAUUCUAUUUUGUUGUACUCUUGUUUCAAAGUGUAUUCAAGUAGAUUUUACCAAAAUAUAAGUGAAUCCUGUUUUGAUUGUGUUUUGGUAAAGAAAUACAAAGUA